CCUCAGGAAGGUUCUGUCAGAGAACAACUUUCUGCUGAUGAAGGAACCAUCGUCCAGAACGAGGAGGAGCUCUGUCGUCGGCGCAGACUGCUGGAUAGCAGCUGGAACCCGCAGCUUCAGCUACACAUCGUUGAUCUUCCCCAGCCUUAUCUGAACAACCAGGAGAGAGAUUCCAGUGUGGAGGAGCACGAACAGGAGGGACCAGAACCUCCACUGACUAAAGAGGAGCAGGAGGAACCAGAACCUCCACAGAUUAAGGAGGAGCAGGAAGAACCAGAACCUCCACUGACAAAAGAUGAGCAGGAGGAACCAGAACUUCCACAGAUUAAAGGGGAGCAGGAGGAACCAGAACCACCUCAUAAUAAAGAAGAACAGGACAAGCAAGAGGAAAGGGAAUCUUCUGAAAUUAAAGAGGAGCCAGGGGAUUUCUGCAUCAGUCAGGAUGAAGAUCAGAUUGAUCUAAAGCAGGAGACUGAUACCUUGAUGGACAUUCCUACUUAUGAGGAAGAUGAGAAGAGUGAAGCAGAUCUAAACAAUCAGCAGAGCUUAGAUGUAACUGAUAGUCAGGAAGAAGAAGGAAACCAACAUGAAGAAUCAACAUCAACUACAGAUGAAGAGACAGAAGCAACAUCAACUACAGAUGAAGAGACAGACACAGAGAACAGAGAUAAGAGGAAGAAAAAAGACAGAAGACAUGUCCAAAGUGUGGACAGAGCUCAUAUGUCAACAAGUCAGUUUGACAUUAAAUCAGAGGAAAUGUCAGAAAAACAUGUCUCUGAGAAAACGUCCAGGAAAAAUUCACCAUCUAAGAAACGUAAAAAAGAAAUGAAAAUGGAGAAAUACGUUUGUCUUGAGUGUGGAAGAAGUUGCACAACUUCUAAGGGUUUGAAGCGUCACAUAAAAAUCCACACAGGAGAGAAGCCUUUUUCAUGUAAAGAAUGCAGCAAAAGUUUCAGUCGUAAUUAUCGUCUCACUCGUCACAUGUCAACUCAUUCAGAAGAAAAGCCUUUUUCUUGUGAGGAAUGCCAUAAAAGUUUUAGGCGUAGUUCUCGUCUUAAAUCUCACAUGUUAACUCAUACAAGAGAAAAACGAUUUUCUUGUACAGAAUGCAAGAAAAGUUUCCGAAAUAGUUUUCAUUUCAAAUGUCACAUGUUAACUCAUACAGGAGAAAAACCUUUUUCCUGUAAAAAAUGCAACAAAACCUUUAGCCGUAAGUAUCAUCUCACGCGUCACAUGUCAACUCAUACAGAUGAAAAGCCUUUUUCUUGUGAAGAAUGCCAUAAAAGUUUCAGUCAUAGUGUUCUUCUCAUAAGUCACAUGUCAAAUCAUUUGAAAGAAAGACGAUUUUCUUGUACAGAGUGCAAUAAAAGUUUUAGACAUAUUUUUGAUCUAAAAUAUCACAUGUUAACUCACACAGGAGAGAAGCCUUUUUCCUGUAAAUUAUGCAGCAAAAGCUUUCGUCGUAAGUAUCAUCUCCUUCGUCACACGUCUACUCAUUCAGGAGAAAAGCCCUUUUCCUGUAAAGAAUGCCAUGAAAGUUUCAGUCAGAGUUCUCUUCUCAAAAGUCACAUGUCAACUCAUUCGGAAGAACAACAAUUAUCUUGUACAGAAUGCAAUGAAAGUUUCAGACAUAUUUUGGAUUUCAAAUGUCACAUGUUAAUUCACACAGGACAGAAGCCUUUUUCCUGUAAAGAAUGCAGCAAAACCUUCAGUCGUAAUUAUCAUCUCAAGCGUCACAUGUCAACUCAUUCAGGAGAAAAGCCCUUUUCCUGUACAGAAUGCCAUAAACGUUUUGGGCAUAGUUCUUUUCUCAAAUGCCACAUGUUAAUUCAUACAGGAGAAAAACGAUUUUCCUGUACAGAAUGCAAUAAAAGAUUCAAGAGUAUUUCUUAUCUCAAAUGUCACAUGUUAACUCAUACAGGAGAAAAGCCCUUUUCCUGUAAAAAAUGCAGCAAAGCUUUCAGUCGUAACUCUCAUCUCACGCGUCACAUGUCAACUCAUACAGGAGAAUAGCUUUUUUUCUUCUACUGAAUGCAACAACAGUUUCAGUCAAAAGUUUCAUCUUAAAUAUCACAUGAAAAGUCACACACAGUGGAGAGCUUCUUGUUCCACUACUCCCCAACAUUAUUUGUAUGCUGUAGAAUAAAGAAUUGUGUGCAUCUCUGUAAGUUUAUUGUCCUACAAUAAGAAAUUAGUCUUGAUUCUUUUAAAUGCUUACAAAGGUCUAUUUGUUAAGGUGGUAGGUCAGUUUAUUUGAAAAAGUUUUUUUUACAAUGUUAUGUAUUCAUAAAGGUGAUUUUUAGCAGUUUCUGAAGUCCUGAAGUGUUUAGUGGUUAGAGUUCUCACCUCACAGCAAGAAGGUGGAGGUUCAAAUCCCACCUGGAUACUGUAUGUCUAGAGUUAUUAUAUUCUCUCUGUAUAUUUAUGGGUGAUCUCUGCUUAACAGGUUAGCUACUCAUUUUUAAUUGUACCUUUGGUCUGAAUGGUGUGUGUGGUUGUCUGUCUCCCUGUGGCCCUGAAAUGAUCUGGCAAACUGUACAGGUGUCCUUCACCUUUUCCCAACUUGGUACAUUCUGGUAAUCCAGUGACCCUGAGCAGGCACUAGCAGUGUAUUUUAAAUGGAUGAAUGAAUACACUUUAUUGUAUUUCUUUGUCACAACCGAGAUUUGUAUUAUGUUGUAAUACCUGAAAAAUAAAAAAUAAAUGAAAUUCUUUUGCCUUUUUAA